UCACGCAGAGUACAUGGGGACACUACUUCGUUAGUAGCCGCGACGAACGGAACUGUUCUUUCUUACUGUUGCAAUCAAGAAGACGACAUGAGCAAAAUCGGAAUUAACGGAUUUGGCCGUAUCGGCCGUCUCGUACUGAGGGCUUCCUUGGAGCGUGGUGGUCAGGUCGUCGCCAUCAAUGAUCCUUUCAUCGGUCUCGAUUACAUGGUCUACAUGUUCAAGUAUGACUCCACCCACGGCAAGUUCAAGGGAGAGGUCAAGGCCGAGGAUAACUGCCUCGUUGUCAAUGGAACUAAGAUCGUCGUCUUCAGCGAGCGCGAACCGAAGGCGAUUCCUUGGGCGAAGGCCGGUGCCGAGUACGUCGUCGAAUCCACCGGCGUGUUCACGACCAUCGAGAAGGCAUCUGCUCAUUUGGAAGGCGGUGCCAAGAAGGUCAUCAUCUCCGCUCCGUCGGCUGAUGCACCAAUGUUCGUGGUCGGUGUAAAUUUAGAGGCUUACAAUCCGAGCUACAAGAUAGUCUCCAACGCCUCUUGCACCACCAACUGCUUAGCACCUCUUGCCAAGGUGGUCCAUGACAACUUCGAGAUUGUCGAGGGUCUCAUGACGACCGUACAUGCGAUUACAGCCACUCAGAAAACCGUCGAUGGACCUUCUGGCAAGUUGUGGCGUGAUGGUCGUGGUGCGGCGCAAAACAUUAUUCCCGCUGCAACCGGCGCUGCCAAAGCAGUAGGCAAGGUUAUUCCAGCUCUCAACGGGAAACUCACCGGCAUGGCUUUCCGUGUACCCGUACAUAACGUGUCCGUGGUUGAUUUGACGGUUCGACUUGCCAAGCCCGCCACAUACGAAGCUAUCAAAGCCAAAGUAAAGGAGGCUUCCGAGGGUUCUCUGAAAGGUAUUUUGGGUUACACCGAGGACGAUGUUGUCUCAUCUGAUUUCAUCGGCGAUAACCACUCCAGCAUCUUCGACGCCAAGGCUGGCAUACCUCUCAACGACAACUUCGUAAAGCUGAUCUCGUGGUACGACAAUGAGUUCGGUUAUUCCAGUCGAGUCAUUGACUUGAUCAAGUUCAUGCAGAGCAAAGACAACUAAACAGUUUUCGCGAUUCGAUUAUUCAUCCGCAUCCUUCUAGCUCCGGUCUCGCCGUACGGCGAACCAAUCGCUGUAUGGUGCAUAUCACUGUAAAAAAAGCUGUUGUAAAAAACCGUAUUUAAUCAGCAUCAUUACUAACUUGUAGCAGAGAUAUACACGGAAUAAAACAAGGCGUGUAGCGUACAUUCUUUCUCGCACAGUUGAUAGAGUUGUUGAUUGAAUGUGUUCAUCGCUAAUUGGAAUAUAAAACAAGACAGGCUCUAGUGUUUAUCGUAUUUGAAAAUCUAUAUUUAUCUGGUUACACUGUGUCGGAGUUGAUUCAGCUACGAAUCGUAAAUAUAAGUGUGAAUAUUGUCACAUAAAUAUUAUGCAACAGUAUGAUCGCGAAAUUUAUGUUGCGUAAAAUCGAGGUGAAAUAAAAGUAGAGAGAAAUGUAUGACAAUAUAAUUGCAGUUAAAUUUCAUUGUAUUAAAUCCACAAUAAACUCAAAAAAUUUUAUUCGUCAGAAAAUGAA